CUGUUAAGUUUAACCGUUAUCGUCUUUUACGAUCGAUCCGAACUUAUACGAGAAAAUAGGUCUUUAUCAUUUUUUUCCGUAAAGCUUCAAUGGUAACUCCGAUCGAGACGAAAAAGAGACAGUUUAACCGGUUUUUCUCUGUCUUUUUUUACUCUCAUAGUCAUCAUAUUGUACUUUUUUCUGAACAUGUACUACAAUGGAUUUAAGCCAACAAAAUGGAGCUGAUGGUGGGACAACCACAACAUAUCUGAGUGUUGGUAGUGAGGAGCCGAGCUUACCACAUUAAGAUUUCUGUUCCUUUUAUGUGUUUGUCAUUUUUUUGCGAUUUGGCCAAUAAAGGUUUUUUUAAUUGAGGCGGGUUACCCAAUUGAUUUGCUUGAUUAAUGCGGGGCGGGUGUGGAUAUCUUGUAUAACUCGUAGCGGGGGUCAGGAGGAUUUUCCUAUUAAGAAGUUUUUCUAUGUCUUUUGUACUCUUUCAUAGUCUUCCUGUGUACUUUUUUUCUGAACCGGUACUAAAGUGGAUUCAAGCCAACAAAAUGGAGCUGAUGGUGGGACAACCACAACAUAUACGAGUGUUGGUAGUGAGGAGUCGAGCUUACCACAUGAAAUUUUAGAGGAUUCAAAUCAGACAGAAGCUGUGUUCUCCCAGAAAAUGUUCAAGCACUGUGACAUGUCACUACAAGAAAUAUGGCUAUUGGUAGCAGUUCACGAUAUCACGAAUUCUCAAACUGCUACCAAAAAUGGUGUAAUCCGAUACCCAUCUUUUUCAUAGCGUUAGUUCCUCGCUAGCGAUAAAUUUAAUCCGGGAAAAAAAUUAAUAAAAAAUACAGUAAAGCAGAGUAAAGUGUUGUCGCGAUGCAAAAGACUUGGGUUUAGUUUUAACCUUUUCCGCCUCUCCUUCACUCUUCACAUAGAAACCAUCGAAGAAAAAAAUGAUUGGGAAGCCCAAUCUCUCCGAUUUUUGAUCGAUCUUCGUGUCUGAACGGUGUUGUUUUCGCCGGCGGUCAGAUUCCCGGUGAACCCAUAUUCGAUUUUGUCUGUAAUUCCUUUGAUUUAUCUGAUUUCUCAGAUGAAUUCCUUUGAUUUGUUUCAGCUUUUACAAUUUCGAUUUCACCGAAGAUUAGGAGGAGAGAAGUCAGGUUACAGAAUCACGAGAAGUCAGGUGGUAAUCAAUUCCGUUUUGCAUUUGAUAUCGUCAUGGGCGAACACGAUUGUUCCUUUCUCGACUGAAGCUUUGACUGUUCCUUUCUCUUCUCUUUUGCUUUGCAGGUUUUAGGUUUUGAUUGGUCCUUUCUCGAGUGAAGCUAGUGGAGUUGAAAUCCGAAGGAUCUUAUUGAUCAGGUGAACUAAGAUGGGGAAUCGGAAGAACAAGCGUGUGAAGAAGCAAAGGACAGAUGUAGAAACGGAGGUUGCGGAAGAUCAAUUCCUCGAAGAUAUAACAAACAGAGAAGUCUCAGAUGAAAUGGAGGCAGAAGAACAUAAUCAAAUGAGGACAGAGGAGAAUGAAAUGGAGGAAGAAGCAGAGGACUUGGGGGAGGAUAAACAGAAUGAAAUGGAGGAAGAAGCAGAAGCUGUUGAUGCAGCUGAUGAUGUGCAGACUCAGACUGACACAGCUACUACAUCACAGCGUAAAAGACGCCGAGGACCUACAAAGAUGAAACACAUUGCCAAGGAUCCAACUGAAAGGCAACAUGUCGACUUCACAAAUAUGGGGGAUCCCUGUGGUCCAGGUUCUGUACUGUUAUCCUCCUACUUGGGUCCCUUAGUUCGUGAACAUGUUCCGGUGAUCAUUGAUAACUGGAGACAAGUCAGUGAAGAAAUCAAGACUGUGCUCUGGAAAUCUAUUGAGAUGAGGUUUGACAUGGACGAAGACUUUAAAAAGGCUGCUGUGUUUAAGCAGAUGGGAUGUUUGUGGAGAGCAUCCAAAUCACGUCUAGUAACAUCUGUUAGGAAAGCUCCAACCAUUAAAGCUAGGAUGAGCAUGCAACCGAACAAUGUUUCUACAGCUGAAUGGCGUAAAUUUGUCAAAGAGAAGACCAGUCAGGCCUUUAAGGUUGUCAGCGACUCUUACAAAGAAAGAAGACAAAAUCAGAUUCCUCACACCUGCGGCCGUAAGGGAAUGGUGAGGCUGAGAGAAGAUUUGGUAAAGUCAAGCGAAGAUCCAUCAAAAGUGUCGAGGCUCCGAGUUUGGGUGAAAUCACGAACAAAGAAGGAUGGUACUCCUGUCAAUGUUAAUGCAGCUGCAAAGAUUGUAAGUUUUCAUAUUGAUUUUAAGAAGUUGAAUCUGCUGGUUGCUGCUUUGUGAUUAUUGAAAUUUUAAUGUGUUUCCAGGGAAAGGCAUCAGAGAUCGAACUUGAGGGUCAUGCCGAUUCAACGACAACGAAUCCAAAGAACGAUAUGCUAUCUCAGAUACUAGGACCUGAUCAACCUGGACGGUUGCGAGCGAUGGGCAGAGGCAUUAGCAUGACCAAAUUGAAUUGUUUACAGGUUAAGGACAACUAUAUCGCUGCAAUGGAACAAAAACAGGUCUCUCUGCAGGAACAGGUUAAUGAUUUACAGAAGGCCCUUCGCCGAAUGAAUAAUCUGGGUCCUGCAACUGAUGUCAGUGAAAACUCCUAUAACAAGGUAUGAAUUUAAUUAAUCUGGCUUACUCUAUCUAUAUAAUUGUAUAGUUGCAUUUCAUUGACAUUGCUUGUACUUCAUGUAGAGUGUAAAUAAUACCAGAUCACUUCCCAAGUGUUAUCUGGUUGACUGGGCUUCUGUCGAUGAGAAAGUUGCUGAGGGACGGGUCGUUUCAGCUGAAGCUGAUGAGUUAGUUAAUGGGGUUCCUUUAGGGCCUCACGCUGUGAAGGUUUUGGUUGAAACUGCAAUAAAAGCAGACACUUUUUUAUGGCGACCUGCACAUAAUAUGUUUACUAUGGAGGAUGCAGUUGGCGAAAUGAUUGCAUGGCAU